AUGGUCUUGUGGGUGAGAAAAGUCAAACCCACGGCCGUCAUGAUGAAUGGCAUUAAUCAAAGUUUGAACACUCAUAGAGCCAAAUAUCCUUUGAGAAGAGUGGAAGUGAAAACCUUUACCAUACUGACAGGAACUCAAUCUAAGAUUACGGAUCAUCUGUUUCAAGGCCAGAUGCCUAAACGUCUCAUUUUAGGCUUUGUGGAAAAUGCGGCUUUUAACGGAGAUAAAACUAAAAAUCCGUUUCAUUUUCAAAACUUUGGAAUUAAGAAAUUAGAUGUCAGUAUCAACGGAGAGACCAUGAGUACUCGUUGUUUUGAGCCCAAUUUCAAUGAAGAUUUAUAUCUGAGAUCUUAUCUGAGUCUAUAUCAAGCUUUGGGAAAAUUAGGAGAAGAUUGGGCUCCGGACAUCACCCUAGAAGAGUAUAAAAACGGAUACACUCUGUGGGGCUGGGAUUUCACCAAAGAUCAAGAAGCGCAAUCGGACAAAUUCCACAUCAUAGAAACCGGAAAUCUGAGAAUAGAAGUCCAAUUUACGAACAAUACGGUGAACACCUUAAAUUGUGUGGUGUAUGCAGAAUUCGAUAACCUGUUAGAAAUAAACAAACAGAGAGAAGUCAGUAUUGAUUACUAA